ACAGUUGUAGCUCCACUUCGUUCAUAUUCACAUUGGACCAUAUAACACGAACAUUUAUUUGCAUUAUGUCAACGCGCAAGAAAACGCGUCAGCAGCAUAAUCAAGGUUCGCAACCGUUGCCUCAACCCUCGGACUACGAGACCGACGCACCCACAAUGUCAACACACCCCCCUCCUCCGCCUCGUUCCAAUGAAGAACUCAACCACUCCGUGCUACUCCGCUACAACCCUUCCAUAACAUCUAUCCUCGCUAUCGCACCUUAUGCCACGGUCUACGCAUAUUCUCACUCGACCUCUGGGUGGAUCAAGUCCGGCGUUGAGGGCACCAUAUUUGUUUGCGAGCUGACCCCAAAUGAGCUUGGUGUAGUGCGCUAUAGCGUGAUUGUGUUGAAUAGACGAGGAUUAGAAAACUUCGAGGUCGAAGUGAAGACCGCGGAAAGUGUACAAUGGGAAGAGCCGUACAUUAUGCUACAGGAUGAAAGUAUGGAUGAGAACGGUGAGAUGGUUGUGCAUGGACUGUACGUUUUUCAUGAGGAUGAGACGAGCACUGAAGGGUUGCACCUACAAAUGGCGAAAGCCAUUCAGGAGUGUGCGGAAAGAGCAGACAAGAGUCGAGCACAGGCCGAAGUACUCUCUGCCGCAGAGAUGGCGAAGCAGAAAAAUGGGUACGGUAAGGAAGAAAACAACCAACUCGACGAAGACGAGCCGGACAGCGUAGCUAUGGGCAGACAGCUUUCGUUGCGAGAGCUAUUCGGCAAGCAGCGGGAGAUUGAUAGUGGCUGGAGCGUGAAGGCACAUCAGAGUCCUGCGACACAGUCGAAGGAGUUCUCGGUGCCGUCGCAUUCAACACUACAGCAACAGCAGCAGCAGAGCAUCAGAGGAGGAUUGACCUCAACAACACAAUUCGAUAUGAACCCUGAGACAGAGUUCUUCAUGACCGGCAGAAACUUCACACCCCAAAUGUUGGCUCAGCAGCAACAAGCCAGGUCACAACAGGGGCAGAGGUUCUGAGUCUGUUAGAGUCUGGUUCAUGCAUCCCAAGAGGCGUUUGCGAUCAUUUUGGUGAGAAAAUUAUUCAGUGUGGCGUGU